CUGUUAUUGACAAAAAAGACGAAUUCAGUAGGAUUUGUAAAGAAAUUGAAAAGAGUUUACCUAAAGCGCAUAGUGUUAAGAGUUCUAAAAAUCAAAAAUGUUAUCAGAAUAAAAAAUUGUUAAAGCAGAAGUCAUUAAGAACUAGCGAUAAAAUUACGGGACCGAAGGACUGUAAACAGCUUGCAACUGCUAAUAGUAUGGAAGUGGAUGUAAAAGAUUCCUGUGAGAACAGUGUACCGCUUUCUACUUACAGUAGCAGUUUUGUUAUUCAAGAUUCCUUAACCUUAAAUUCUUCCAAUGAUAUACAACAAAAGAUAAUUUCUGAAAGUCAGUCAGUUUUGCAAAAUCAUCCAGUGCGGCAAAUAAAAAAUCGUUUCGCUAUAGAAAGCUUAAAAUCCCCUGCUAACUCAGUAUCCAGUAAGACGUGCCUGCCAAAGCCUUCGAAAGUACCCGAUAAAGUGUUUGAGAUUUGUCAGGACAAAUGCAAUCAACCUAUGAACGGAAUAACCAAAGUUGUAUUAAGUAAAGGUCAAGACAUAGUACCGAGUAGGCGUCUACAAACAACAAAGAGAAAAUCACGAUUAGCUACUACAUUGACAAACGCUUCUAUUGUGCCUAAAUUAACGCAAACCGAUAUAAGAAGGAGACUUUUAAACAUGAAAUUCCCAGUGGUAAUUUUGGGCAAGGAUCAAGUCAGUUCAACAAUACAAGUUAUGGAUUACGAACCUCCACAGUUUGAAGGUUUAGAUAAACAUAUUUGGCCUUUCAUGAUUGAGUGGAGUGAUGAUUAUAAGCACAGGGCGGAAAUGGACGACAAAUCGAAAUCCAAUGAUAUAACAUUUAAUAUUGAUGUGAAACGUGAUGGAGAUACUUCUGCACAGAAAAGAAGAUAUCAACAUUUUCAUGGAGAUUAUAAAUCUAAUAAAAAUCUUAACAGAAAAGUCGAAAUAACUGCCUCUAAGCAACUAAGUAAUAGAGAAAAGAAACGGUCAAAUGAUUCGAAAUUAAUACCAAAUAAAAACGAACAAAUUUCAAUUAAACAAUCUUUGGAUCUAAAUAGUAACACCCAACAACAAAAAAAGCAAAAACCUAUACACCAACUCAAAGAUAAAAUGCUCAAGCUCUUGUACAAAAAACCGCCUGUGCUUGUUUCUAUCGGGUUGGAUCCCGAUGUUACUGAGCAAUGUGAUACAAAUGGAAAUAAUAAAUUAAACAAAACGGAUGAUUGCGUUGUUAGUAACAAUAAAACAAUAAAUGAUGUUAAGAAUUAUAGUCCUACGAAGCCCAUGAAUAUUAAAUUGAAUGAACCUAGGUCAUUAGCAUUUAAACGACCUUGGGCGAAGGCGAAAUGGGCGAGCGAUUUUAUAGAUAAUGUUAUUAAAAAUAAAAAUGGAGUUUAUUAUAGUCAAGAUUUAAAAUACGAUAGCGAGAAAACAUCAGUUGCAGCCAAGGAGACUUUCGUACAGACAAGAUCGAAUCCGGAAAAUAUUAAUAGAAAAAUGCCCUGUAAUUCUGAGAUAGACGAGUCAUCUGCACACACUUUGACUAACCGAAAAGAUGUACUUAAAAUUAUACCAGGAUUUGAUAAUUCACUCCCUGAAUUGGAAGUUCAAACAAUAGACACAGAUAAAAUAGAAAUAAAAAUUGUUUGACGAAUAUAAUUGUGCAGUUUGAUAUAACUAUACCACGGGAGUCAGAUACACUUGGUAUUAACACAAAAAAGUCAUGUUCCUUAAUUCCGCUUGAAAGGAAUGACAGUAACAUUAAAUUAUUUAAAUGUAAAGCUACAAUUCUUAACGCAAUGCUACCUGCAGAGCUUUGCAGCAUAUUACCAGAUAUGAUGCGUAAGAUAGUACAUUCGGAUAAUAUAAAGGCAAAUCAACCAUUGCCAAUUAACAAGACGGACUCGCAGUUAUCGACGAUAUCAGAGUUGUCUCAUUUUGAGUGUUUUGAUCAUUUUAAAGCAAUUCCUAAACAAUACGUUUUAUCCCAAGAAAUAAGGCAAAUACUUUCAGGAAAGUUUUCACAAAGAAGUCGCGGAACUUUCCAUAAAGUGAAAAGAGUGGCGUUUCAAUCUUUGGAAAAUCUAAAACACUUGUUACCAGAAAAAUCAUCCAUUACUUACGUGUUAAAUUCUAUGGAAAAAAUGCCAAAAAAUAUAAGAUAUAGGAGAAAUAUUCAUUCAUCGCUAAAUAAACAACAAAAAGUAUGUGAGCCCCAAAAUAAAAUUUGCACAAAGAUACAACCGUACAAUCAUCAAAAACACUCGCUGAUACCAGCUAAACAAAGAUUCAAUUUGUGGAAUAUAUUAGAGAAUGUGUGGGCGAGUUAUAAAAUGUUUGGGCCGUUAAACACCAGCUUUUCAAUGCCCAUAUGUACUAUUUCUUUGGACAUACCGAUUAAUGGAACGCCGGAUACAAAGAAAGUUAUUAUAAAUUUUAACGAUUUGAAACUUGAUUCAAUAUUUGAAAAUUAUGCAAAAGUAAAGAACGAGCACAAGGCAUUAUGUGGAAAAGAUUUUGUACCUGAAAAUACACCUGAAUCUGAUGCUUCUUUCGGUGGUAUUAAGUCGUUUAAAAAGAUAAAUCACAUUCACGGGAACAAUCUCAAAAUAAAAAAGAAAGGUUAUGUGAAACUCUACAAAAAAUGCAAAUCUACAUCUAACAUACCCAACGAAAAGAAUAAUUUUUCUUUGAAUAAAGUAACCUGCUUGGAAGAUUUUUUCCAAUUGCUUGGAUCAAAAAGCUUAAGCUGUGUAUUUGACGGCAAUGCUGGUAAAAAGAUACUAUCGUCUAUAAUAACGAUGAAAAAUUGGAUAACUGAAAUAAAUGCAAGACAGGCUCUUCUUGUGCUAUUGUUGGCAAAUAAAAAAGAUACUCCUAAUUUAAUACGAUUUAGACCAGUUCUCCUACAAGGAAUUGCGGUCAACAGAAUAACUCGAGCCUCAGAACUGGACAUGGAAAUAGAAGUUAUUGAAAGAGAAAAAAAUUAAAUGGAUUUUCACAGUUUGAUGGUAUAUCCUAUUUACCGGCAUCGACUGAAAAUAAGGAUAAUCUAUUGGAAGAGCUUCAGUGGAUUGCAAAGACAACAGCCUCGGAUUAUCAGCGACCCUUCGAUGAGUCUUCAGAAAAACUACUAAAGUCCUUGUUAGAGAA